GGUUGAAGAAGAAUUUUUUUGAUAUAAAAUAGGUGCCAACCUCACUUUAAGCAUCAGUUUAAUUCCUGUCUUCAAGAAGUCAAGUGUAGUGAGCUACCAGUUGAGGAUUUUUGAAGAAAUUUAAGUUUAUUUUGUGCAACAAUGAAGGUGUUUAUCUGCUUAUUGGCAUGUGCUGCAGUUGCUUCUGCAACAUUCAGCAAAGGCUGGUCCUCAGGAGGUGGAAAUAAUGGAUGGUCGUCAGGUGGAAGCAGUUCCUAUGGUGGAGGAAGUAGCGCAGGAUGGCCCCAAAAAUCGAGUGGUGGAUGGUCAAGCGGAGGAUUCGGAGGUGCCAAAUCAAUUGGAGGCUAUGGUGGAAGUUCUCUAGGGGGCGGAUAUGGGGGUAGUUCAAGUGGCUGGAAACCAGCUUCAACAGGAUGGAGCUCAGGAGGUGCAAGUCAAGGUUGGAGUUCUGGUUCAAGCGGAUUUGGAGGGGGUUAUGGUGGAAAUUCAGGAGGGUAUGGGGGAAGUUCAGGGGGAUCAUAUGGCCAUGGGGGUAGCUCACAGGGUCUCGGAGGAGGACAAGUUAUUAAAAUAAUUAAAGUCAUUGCACCUGCUCCACAAUCAUUUGGAGGAAGCUAUGGCGGUGGACACUCUUCAGGCGGUUUUGGAGGAUCAUCACUUGGAGGAGGGCAUGGUGGUAGCUCUUCAUACGGAAGUAGCGGAUCAUAUGGAAGUGGCUCAUACGGAGGUGGCCAUGGAGGUUCAAGCGGUUGGCAAUCAGCCUCAUCAGGUCUUGGAUCAAGUGGCUGGCAACAAGGAGGAUCCUAUGGUGGAUCAAGCGGUUUAGGAGGUGGUUAUGGUGGAUCUAACGGAUGGUCAUCAGCAGGAAGUUCAGCUGGUAGUUACGGUGGAUCAUCUUCAAAAGGCUGGUGGUAAACAGUAAUCUUAAAUAUCGAUCAUCAAAUCCAUUCAAAAAAUGCUCAUAGAUCAUUUCUAAAAUGCUGUAAAUUAUGCUCCCUACUUGUAAAUUGUGAUUGCUUAGUGAAUCAAGCACUUGUUCUUGUACAGAAAGAUCUUCAAAAUUGUGUUAUAAAAUAAUUCGAAAGAGAAAUAAAGAGUUUUUGUUCGAAAAAAAUUAAAA